CUUCCUUUUGUUGUUGGUUCCUAAUCCUGCACCUCAUCAUGUAAUAUUUUCUCAUCUUAGCUAGGUAGCUAGGAAGAAUGAAAGCUGUGCCUCUUGAGCCUUGUUUCAUUUUCAUUCUGUUUGUGAUCUCAACCACUGUUCCAACUUGUCUCUGUGAGGAUGAUAGUAGUUACACGACCUGUAGUAACGCUUUCAGGUGCGGAAGUAGUGUCACAAAUCUCAAGUACCCAUUCUGGGGACGAAACAGAGAUAAGUAUUGUGGUUCACAGGAGCUCACAUGCGAAGAGAAUGUCCCCAAGAUAACCAUCCAUGACACCAAAUACCGUAUUCUUCAUUGGGAUGAUGCAAAGACACUCACAGUCGCUAGGGACGAUUGGAGUAACAUCUGUGUGGUGGGUGGUUACAAGAACAUCACAUUUGAUAAUACUCCCUUUCAAUAUGAUUAUGAUGUGCUUUUUAACUUGACGCUGUAUUAUGAGUGCUCUUCAAGUUCAAACCCCAAUAGCAUCACGAAUCCCUAUAGUACUGGCUGUGGAAAUGAUGUCUACUACACUUUCGGACCUUUCCCUUAUUCGUAUACUGGGCCAUGCAAGAUUGUGGUCAUUCCUAUUUCUCAAAACAUCACUUCACUUGUGUCUGCCGAUUCCAAUGCAAUAAACACAGCACUGAAUGACGGUUUCGGAUUGGAGUGGACGGGAAAUCAGGAUCAGUGCAAAACUUGUACUGAUUCUGAUGGAAAGUGUGGCUUCGAUGCUGCAAAAUUUCAAUGUUUCUGCAAGGAUGGACUUCAAAAUGCUUCAUGUCCACACUCAGUUAUGCUUGCUAUAACUUCUUCAUUUCUCAGACUUUUUUUUAUUCAAGGUCUAAACAGAAACCAAUUUCCGGAUUUUGGCUCGUUCUCCGUCAAAUAUCUGCAAAUAAUUAUUGCAAUAUUUCAAUUCAAAGGAAAAAGAAAAGUCCGAUUGCUAACAAAAAUCUUGAUUAUUGCAUCCACAAUUGUUGCUGUAACACUUAUCUUUUUAUGCUACUAUUUGACAAAGAGGAAAUCAAGCUUCAACCACUUCCACAUGUCAAAAAAAUUUGUGUUCGCAUCAAAAAAGAAUAUUAAGAGUCUUCUUAGAGAAAAUUUUGGCAAUGAAAGUGUCACACUAGAACACUUGCGGUUCAAUUUAGCUACAAUUAUAACAGCAACUAACAACUUUUCAAAUGAGAAUAGGAUUGGUAAAGGAGGAUUUGGAGAAGUUUAUAAGGGAAUUCUCCUUGAUGGACGACAAAUAGCAGUAAAAAGACUUUCAAAAAGUUCUAUGCAAGGUGCAAAUGAGUUCAAGAAUGAAGUUUUAGUGAUAGCCAAACUUCAACAUAGAAAUCUUGUGACAUUCAUUGGUUUUUGUCUUGAAGGACAAAAUAAAAUACUUAUAUAUGAAUAUGUGUCAAACAAAAGCCUUGACUAUUUUUUAUUUGAUUCUCAACGGUCAAAGUUGUUGAAUUGGUUUGAACGUUACAAUAUUAUAGAAGGGAUUGCCAAAGGAAUUCUUUAUUUACAUGAACUUUCUCGCCUCAAAGUUAUACACCGUGAUCUCAAACCAAGUAAUGUUCUAUUAGAUGAAAACAUGAUUCCAAAAAUUUCUGAUUUUGGUCUAGCUAAAAUUGUUGAAAUAAAUCAAGACCAUGAGGGUACAAAUAGAAUUGUCGGAACAUUUGGUUAUAUGUCUCCAGAAUAUGUAAUGUUUGGACAAUUUUCAGAGAAAUCUGAUGUUUUUAGUUUUGGAGUCAUGAUUCUAGAGAUUAUUACUGGAAAAAAGAAUUUGAGUUCUUAUGAACUGCAUCGUGUUGCUGAUGGCCUCUUAAGUUAUGUUUGGAAACAAUGGAGGGAUCAAACACUAUUAAGCAUAUUAGACCCAAGUAUUGAAGAAAAUUAUUCUAAAAUAGAAGUUGUUAAGUGCAUUCAAAUUGGUUUAUUAUGUGUUCAACAUGAUCCUAAUGCUAGACCAACAAUGUCAACCGUUGUUUCGUAUCUUAGUAAUUACUCAAUUAACUUGCCAACUCCAAAAGAACCUGCAUUUUUCUUGCAUGGCAGAAUGGAUCCAACAACAUUCCCACAAGAAUCAAGUUCCAAUCAAUUUAUCAAUAGAUACAUUCCAUUAUCUAUUAAUGAAAUGUCUAUAAGUGAAUUUCUUCCUCGAUAAUAAUUUUUUUUCUUUUGAUAUUGUUGUUUAAAAAGAAUACUAAGUGAUGUAAUAUCUCAAUAUCUUUCUCGAGAAUGAAAUGUAUAAUUCA